CAACUGCCGGUUCUCGGCAGUACUUUCCUCACGAUCUAACAGCGUGAGGAAAGUGCAGCCGAGAACCGGCACUUGCAUUUCCCUGUGAUCAGCGUGUCAUUGGACACCGCUGAUCACGUGCACUUGUCAGAGGAGGGAUCGGCACCGAUCAUCAGGGCACUCAUGAUCAGUGCCCUGAUGAUCGGUGCCCAGCAGUGCCACCCACCAGUGCCACCCAUCUGUGCCCAGCAGUGCUGCCAGUCAGUGCCAUCAGUCAGUGCCACCCAUCAAUGCCGCCUAUCA